CCCGGCCCUCCUGAUCCCUCUUUGCGCCACUGUUUAGGAUCUGUACAUAGGGUCGAUACAUUUUAUAUAUUUGAAGCAUGGAUUACAGUUUUAUUUGAAUGGUCACAUUAACAGGAAUAUUUUUGUCAUAUGUUUAAUAUUACUUGAAGGUCACAACCAGAUAAAACCCGCCCCCGUUAAUAACUUCUUGUCACGUGGGUGACUGGCGCACACUCCGCUGCACGCAUCCUGAUUAUAUCGCAGAUGACGCAGUGAGGUCCAGUGAAGAUGGCUCCCUUUCCGGACGAAGUGGAUGUUUUUACUGGCCCACACUGGCGAAUGAAGCAGUUGGUGGGUCUGUACUGUGAAAAGCUGUCUAAAACCAACUUCUCCAACAACAAUGACUUCCGGUCCUUUCUUCAGUCCCUGUGCGCCACCUUCAAGGAGUUCAAGAUGCAUGAGCAAAUUGAAAACGAGUACAUCAUCGGUCUGUUGCAGCAGCGUUGCUGCACUGUCUACAAUGUGCACUCUGAUAACAAACUGUCAGAGAUGCUGUCCCUCUUUGAGAAGGGACUUCAAAGCGUUAAGAGUGAAUAUGAACAGCUUAACUAUGCCCAGCAGCUGAAGGAAAGACUGGAAGCUUUUACUCAAGACUUUCUGCCACACAUGAAAGAGGAAGAAGAGGUGUUUCAGCCGAUGCUUAUGCAGUACUUCACGUAUGAGGAGCUGAAGGACAUUAAGAAACAGGUGAUAGCGCAACACUGCAACCAACAGCAACCGGACAGCGCUGCUGAGGUGCUGAAGGGCUUCAGUUUGUGGACCCAGGCCGAGGAGCUGCAGAAGGCUUUUAAAUAUGCUGAUCACGAGAAGACUGAUUAUGAUCUGGAACAAAGCAGGAAUUCAACCCACAUCUCCCAGCUUCCUGCAGAAAUUAUGCUGAGGCUUUUCCAUUACUUGGGCCCAGUGGAUCUGUGCCACUGUAGUCAAGUGUGCAGCACAUGGUCAGAGUUAGUCAAGACUGGCUCUUUGUGGAGGCACCUAUAUCCCGUGCGCUGGGCCAGAGGAGAUUAUUAUUGUGGUCCUCCUGGGGAUCUCGACCAGGAGCCAGACGAGAAUUGGGUGAAGAGCCGGCAGAACGAGGGUCGCGCAUAUCAGGAAUGGGAUGAGGAUGCUGAUGUUGACGAGUCAGAUGUUUCAGGUCAUACUGAAGGCUCCCUCGCAAUUAGCACGGCUCAGAGGGAGAAGAGGCUCCUAAAUGGGAUCAUCCAGCACCUUCUUCCAACUGUGGGUCCUUCUGUAAAGUCCAUUAUUCUUGCCUAUAGUUCUACAGUUUCCAGCAAAAUGGUCCGACAAAUUCUCAGCCUCUGCCCCAACAUUACUCACCUGGACCUGACUCAGACUGAUGUUACCGAUGUUGCUUUCGACUGCUGGUCAUAUCUUGGAGCUUGUCACUCUCUGGAGCAUCUGGAUUUGUCAGGGUGUGAGAAGAUCACGGAUCACACCCUGAAGAAACUGUCUGUAGGUCUGGGCGACCUCACGUUCCCCGUCGGGUCAGACAAGCACUCAGACCGGCGAGCCAAGUUGCUCAAACGCUGCCCGUUACCCAUUACAUUGAUGGAUGAGAGGAACCUGCACGCGGUCGGGCGAAGGCAGCAGGCCAUCAUUUUCAAGCACGGGACUGGUCGUUGGGGCUCUGCCUGCAUCGCAACUCAAGUUUGGGUUCUGGACACUUCUGACCUUGCUGAUAUUGAAGAUGCUGCAGAGUGGAGUCAUCGUGGUGGGAUGUCCUUCUCUGAAAGCUUAGCUGAGACACAGCUAGUGGGAGGCUCAUGCUGCUGCAGGAGGAGGAGGAGGCACAGGACUGGCUCGGAUGCCUCGUAUUUGCAUCAGCAGUAUGCUAUAUCUGGGGAAAUGUUUUGUGGUCACUCCACCUGCUGCUCAAGUGACAAGGCCCUCAGGACUUUUAAUGGGGUCCAAAGUGAGUCAGGCACUAUCAGAACCAGCACUGCAGAAUUGCGAACUAAAUGCUUUCCCUCAAGGGGGCUGCAGUGUCUGAAGCCUGAGAACAGGACUGACUGCUCAAAGGCAAAACGAUCAGUGAAGUUUCUCAGCCUCUCUGGAUGUUACCAGAUCACUGAUUUGGGCUUAAGGGCUUUAUCUCAGCGUGGAGGGCUUCCUGUCCUGGAGCAUCUCAACCUGUCCGGCUGCCUCUUCAUCACCGAGGUGGGGCUGCAGGAGCUGGUGUCGGCUUGUCCCUCCCUCAACGAUGAACACUUCUAUUACUGCGACAACAUUAACGGUCCAAAUGCAGACACAGCCAGCGGUUGCCAGAACCUGCAGUGUGGUUUCCGAGCCUGCUGUCGCUCUGGAGAGUGACCCCCACCUACCAACGUUCUCCUAAAAUGUCACUUCUCUCUAUUGUUGCACUUUAACCUGGAAAUACCAUUUGCUGUAUUUUGUCACUUAAAAGUGUUUCUUGAUGAAACUGUAAUUUUGCUCCUGCUAUUUCCCUACUUAUUUAGUGGAGAUACUUGUUUAGGAAGAAUAAAUGCAUAACUGAGUGCAAAAGUAAAUUUUUGGUUCCUUUUAACUUUGAGAAAGUAAAAAAAUGAGACAGGUUAACAUCAAGUUCUGAAGGAUUUCUGUUGCUAAGCUUGUUUUUAUCUCAAAUGAUUGAAGAUUUUACACAAGUCCAGCUUUUCCAGUUAGAUGCUGUUCCUUAAUGUUGUUUCUGCUACAACUUUUAAUGACCACGAUCCUUUGAAGCUGGUGCAGAACAUGUUUAUGUUGCUGAGGGAGAAUAAGGCACCUUGUAAAUCAGUCUAGCGGAUAAAGACUAAAUGAAGUUGUAGGAUCCAGGCAGCAGAGACAUAGGAACUGGCACAUGAUGUUGCUGAAUGGUCUUCAUUUUGGUUGUGAUCUUUAGUAUUCUGCCCUUCAGCUCUCCUGUAAAAGCUUUUGCUUUUUUUUUUCUCGUCUUUCUGCACUCCAGUGGGCAAAAAGAACAAAUGUUAAAAUGAAACAAAUCACCACCACCAUGUUUGGGGGCUCUGUUGUGUACAUUACUGCUUUAUCAUUCUGCAGUAGAGAUUGACUUUCUGGUUCUACAGUCUUGCAUGAGAUCUGGUAAAAAUUCUCAACAAAUAAUAAAGCCUUGGAGUUAGUCACUGCAAUUCUUCUACUUUAAUAUGUACAUAAAGACAUUUUAUUUUC